AUGUUAGCAACAACAGCACCAAACUCGUUAGUCAUGAACCCAACUUCAAUGUUAGUAGAGAUGAAAAGCUUCAUUCCUUCUUCAUAUACUUUCGAAACAGAAAUCCAGAAGAUAAAGCAAGAACUUCUCCAAGGAGUUUUAGACUGUAGUGCAAAAGAUGAAACAAAUGAAGAAUAUCUUUAUGAAAUGCAGGAUAUUAUUGACCAUCUACCUAAACUUCCUGAAAUACAACAACAAAAGCUUACUAUUCCUGAAUUCGAUGAAAUAGAAGUCAAAGCAACUGACUCAGUAGAAACCAAGAAGUUCAUACGUAAGGUAAACUAUGAGUUUCUUGGAUUUCAUUGCAACCACAAAGUCAUGGACAAAGAUUGCGAUAUGUUAUAUAAGAACAUCUCUGACAUAUACAAAUCUGAAGAAUUUAAGACCUACGACAACUUUGUUUCGUUAGUUGCAAAAUGUGUAUGGCAGAUAAGAGAUAAAGAUAAAAGAGGUAAGGUAUGGAACGAACAGAUAAAACCAGCAACUUUUGAGUUAAAGAAAACCAUUGACGCCUUAGUUGUUUUAGCAGGUUUUAUUUCAAUGUACAAUGCUAAAAUGAACCCACAAUGUUCAAAAUGUAAAGCAGC